CUAAAAUAGAAUCACCGUAAUAAUGACAGUGCUCAGACAGCUCGGCAAGACAGGUCUUGGGAGCUUGAUGUACUGCGACAGCUAAGAGUUGGAUAGAAUUACACCUGUUUCUAUAUAUAUGUAUGUAUGUAUAUAUAGCACGGGGACUUGUCAUCCAACUGUUUAAAUGCCAUCUAAACCCCUCGCCAGCUUUUGAUCCACUUCUCUUUCUCUCUCUCUCACACACACACUUACACACACACGUUCAUAAUCCAAUACAUUCAAAACGGCGCAGGAUCGAUAAUGAUGGAGUUGUUUGAAACCAAUCCCUUUUACUGCCACGAUCAGCGGUAUCUGGUUGGCGAGAGCAUGGUUUUUACACAAUUGGAUGGGACUGCCGUGUCUCCCCUCUACCCAGGAAGCGAGGACGGUUUGUCCCCGGUCGGAGACGCUGGCCAAGCCGAGCCCAGCUGUGACAGCGGCGGCGAGGAACACGUGUACGCGCCGCCGAGUCUCAAGUCCCACUGCCCCGGACAGUGCCUGAUCUGGGCAUGUAAAGCGUGCAAGAGGAAAUCGGCCACGACCGACAGAAGGAAGGCGGCGACUCUCAGGGAGAGGAGGAGGCUCAAGAAAAUCAACGAGGCUUUCGAGGCGUUAAAGCGCAGGACAGUGCCAAACCCUAACCAGCGGCUCCCCAAAGUGGAGAUUCUCCGCAGCGCCAUUCACUACAUCGAGAAGCUCCAAGAUCUGCUGCAAAGCCUGGACCAGCAGGAUAAGCUGCAGGAGAACGUGGGGUCGAUCAAUUGCAAUGGCUCUCAUUCACUGAUGGACGCUGCAGAUCACUGGGGAACAAACACCUGUCCUUCUGGAUGGGCAAACUUGUCUGACCAUUCCAACAUCCCAACCAAACUACACAAAGAAGGAAACAACUUGGAAUCAUCAGGAACCAGCAGCCUUCGUUACCUGACCUCAAUAGUAGACAGCAUUUCCACGGACGAAUCCACUGCACUAUACAACCAAGACUCAUCUGCAAAGUAAUCAUACGCUCCGAUUGGAAAUAUAUACAGAUGGUUUGCUAUACUGUACUCGCUUGCCCCAUAUCGUUUUGCUGUGUUGUACCAGGACAAAAUAUUGUUAUACCUAGUGAACAUAUCGAUCUUUAGAAAAACAAAUAAUCAUUCCCUUUCGUAGAAGGAAAAGGCCAAAAAUCAUUUAUUCGACCAAGGUUAAUUCUAAAGCAACCGUUUGAAUCACAUAAUGCGUUGUAAAUAUGUUUGUAAAAAAACCCAGCGUGCGUAUAUCCACUGACAUUUCAUAAUUUUAUAAGAUAUCUUUGUUUUAAGCAAUAUGUAUUGAACUUAUAUUGUAAAAUCGGAAUAAAAUCCUUUAUUUGAUGUUUACAGUUUUUUUUUGUCGCUGUGUUUGGUAAAGCUGUGGCGCGGGCAAACAGCCACAGAGUUUUGCAAAAAAAAAAGUCAAUGUGAACUGCGCUCCAAUCGACCGAAUCUGGAAUAGUCUUUAUGGAGGCCCCAGAAUAGUUCCAAAUCUUACUGGACAACAGUACUGAGAGUCUUUCUCUAUCCACGGUUGAUAUAUUUGCAUAGCUUCAAAUGUUCUUCGUUUUAGCAGCCAUGUGAUGGAAUUUACAACUGUAGGAAGUAGUCUGCCUUUAGUUAUAUUAUUGUUUCAACUUACUGUUUCUGAGUUUGCUGCAUUUCCGUUCACUGUCAACAGGCGCCGAUUGCUCAACGCUUCCAAUGCAUUAGGACUCAGAGAAAACGAAAGGGUAAAACCAGAAAGGAUCACCGUCCAAACUGGCAAUUUCACUUGGAGAUUAUCCCAGGUUUACGUUAUUUCAUAACGUGUAAUGUGUUUUGUCAUGUUGUAUACGUUGACAUUUCUCGUUUAAAACUUACCUGGAGUCAAUCAAAAUGUCUCAAUUUAAUUGUUCCGCAAUACCCCCACAGCUUUGAGUUAUAAUAGUGCAACAGCUUUACAGCUCGGUGGUCGCUUCCGUUUCAGCAAUUAUCAUCGGUGAUAGCAGCAGUAGAGUCACGGCUGCCCUGGAAUUAUUCACUGCUGCCUUCGCGCUGUAAGUGCAGUAGUUCCCAUCCUACCGUGGUACGAGGACACUUGCAAUAAUUGCCCACCUUGAAUCGCGCCCAUCAUAAUAA